AUGGCCGCUCAGGUCACCAGCGUCAGCUCUCUCAACGUUAGCCCGCUGUCUGAACUCAAAAGUGAGAAGGAGCAGCAGCAGCAGCAUGAGAACAAGGAAGCGGCAGAUCUCCUGGCCAAAAGGAACUCUCCAUUUGGAACACCAUUGAACAACUACAUCAGCCAUUACGAAGGGUUAUCCUAUGACACUGAUGCUGUACACAAAAAGCACCAGAGGGCCAAGAGGGCGCUCUCACCUCAAGAUGAAAUCCUGCACCUCAACUUUCAUUCUCAUGGCAGAAAUUUCAACUUGCGCAUGAAGAGAGACACCUCAAUGUUUACCCCUGAUGUUGUCAUGGAGGUGUCAGGAGAGGAGAACCCAAUUGACACGUCUCAUAUCUACAGUGGAGAAAUCUUGGGAGAAAAAGAUACAGUGAGCCAUGGGUCCGUGAUCAAUGGCCGAUUUGAGGGCUUCAUUAAAACACAGCAGGGAACAUAUUAUGUUGAACCAUCAGAAAGGUACUUGGAGGAGAAGAAUACCCCCUUUCACUCCAUCAUUUAUCAUGAGGAUGACGUUACUUACCCUCAUAAAUAUGGGUCUAAUGGAGGCUGUGCUGAUCCCACGGUGUUUAAAAGAAUGAGGAAGUACCAGGAAUCCGCGAUUGACUUGCCUGUUAAAGUACGUACCAGCGUUGUCGACAAUGAGCAUGAAAACAGAGGCUACGGUCCUGUCAUUUUUAAAAAGAAGAGGGCAGUGGAGCAAGAUAGAAAUAUCUGCCAGCUUCUAAUUCAGGCUGACCACUUCUUUUACAACUAUUAUGGCAGUCGAGAAGCUGUCAUUGCACAGAUCUCCAGCCAUGUCCAGGCAGUUAACGCCAUUUACCAAAUCACAAACUUCAAUGGCAUCCGAAAUAUCGGAUUCAUGGUGAAAAGGAUCAUUAUAAACAGCACAAAUACCCAACGUGACAACCCAUUUCGUUUUGCCAACAUUGGAGUGGAGAAGUUUUUGGAGCUCAACUCUGAACAGAACCACGAUGAUUACUGCCUGGCUUACCUAUUCACCGACAGGGACUUUGACGGCGGCGUCCUUGGCUUGGCUUGGGUCGGCUCAGAAAACUCGGGAGGCAUCUGUGAGAAAAACAGACUCUAUUCGGAUGGGAAGUGGAAGUCGCUCAACACAGGCAUUGUCACCGUAAAGAACUACGGCUCACACGUCCCUCCGAAGGUGUCGCACAUCACCUUCGCCCAUGAGAUCGGGCACAGUUUUGGCUCUAAUCAUGACACUGGAAUCAAGUGCACUCCAGGAGAGUCUUCCAUUCAGGCUGAAAAGGAGCUUGGCAAUUACAUUAUGUAUGCCAGAGCUACCUCAGGAGAUAAGCUCAACAACAACAAAUUUUCAUCAUGCAGCAUCGACUCUAUAAGUGCCAUUCUCACAAUCAAAAAGGAUAGGUGUUUUGUUGUGUCUGGACAGCCUAUCUGUGGUAAUGGACUUGUGGAGGAGGGAGAAGAGUGUGACUGUGGCUAUCGCGAUCAGUGUACUGACACCUGCUGCUAUGAUGCCAAUGAAGAGGAAAGCAAAAGGUGUAAACUCCAACCUGGAAAGAGCUGCAGCCCAAGUCAAGGCCCAUGCUGCACUGAGGUGUGCUCUUUUAAGGACCAACUUCACAGUUGCAGCAAAGAGUCGGAGUGUGCCUUCGAGGGCAUGUGCGACGGAACCACUGCUCAGUGUCCCACCGCUCAACCAAAGGAAAACUUCACCUCUUGCCACGAGGACACACAAGUCUGUAUCAAAGGGGUCUGUUCAGGUUCCAUUUGCGAGAAGUACAGUCUAGAAGAAUGUACUUGUGCUAGUGAGAACGAAAAAGAUGAUGUGGCUGAACUCUGUCAUGUGUGCUGCAUGGAAAAAAUGAACCCUAGCACCUGCAGCAGCACUGGUUCGGAGAAAUGGGCCCAGUACUUCAACGGAAGAGUCAUUAAUCUGCAGCCAGGCUCACCAUGCAAUGAUUUCAAGGGCUACUGCGACGUGUUCAAGAGGUGUCGUCUGGUGGAUGCCGAUGGGCCUCUUUCAAGGCUAAAGAAAGCCAUAUUCAAUUCAGAAAUCUAUGAGACCAUAGCUGAGUGGAUCGUGGAUCACUGGUGGGCAGUGCUUUUGAUGGGCCUCGCUCUUAUUUUGUUAAUGGCUGGUUUCAUCAAGAUCUGCAGCGUCCACACUCCCAGCAGCAACCCAAAACUGCCUCCUCCAAAGCCGCUGCCAGGCACCUUGAGAAAAAGGCAGCAGCGGUACGCCGCAGCGAACGCGCCGAGGCAAUAUCGCCACCGCAGAGACGACUACCAAAUGGGUGAAAUGGGCCUCUGA